AUGGGUUCUUUUACGCAGGCCAAUACCAAAAUAUCUAUCUCUGUAACUGUUCUGACAACGGAAGGAGGCGACAGACAAAAGAGUGUCUUGCGAUCAAAAGAACGUGACGCUUUGAAACGGAAAAUCGAACAGCGUCCCUCCAAGCAAAAGCUUGUCACACAGCACAUCUUACUCACUGCGUCUAAUGCGGAUCCAUCUAUUCAGCAGAAGGCCGAAGAGUUGAAACGCUGUAAACUGAAAGACGAUUUGAACAAAAAAUUGCAGCAUCGACCUGGUCCACUCGAACUAAUAACGAAAAAAAUUCUACAAGCUGAUGCGGAGCUGGAGCAAGCAAUACAAGAGGGCCGCUUAUUGUUCACUAAAACUACCCAAACAAAAGGGAGUGAAAACGAAGGGAAGCAAUCGGAGAUGGAGGUAAUAUCCGCGACACCGGCAUGUGCUUAUCAAAGAAAACUACCAAAUGUCUGUUUGGCGAAAUCAAAAGUUCGUAAAAAAGGUUCACAAUAUCGGACACCAUAUGACCAAACAUUACCAUCACCGAAUGCUCGAUCGAAGUUAAAAUUACAAGAUUCUUCUGCUACAGAUUAUCAGGGUCCGGAAACUAUAAAUGAUUCACUGGUGACUCAUGGUGUCUCUUACGUUAGCGAUAAUGCGUCACUGUUAAAUGUCGGUGAACAGAGUGAGAAUACGCGUGAAAUGCAAAGUAGCUACGAUCUUUUACUUCAACAACAACAGUUGUUUUUACAAUGGCAGCGUGAGGUUGAAGAGUCCCGAGCCCUCAGCACCUCACAGGAAGAAGAGGGACGACAUUGUCCAGAUGAAUGUGUCACAUCCAGUGCAACAUCACCCUGUAUGACAACAUCUGCUCAAAGUUCGUUAGUUAGUUCGGAUUAUGUUCAGAAUGGAGUGCAGUCGGUUAUAUCGGAACAAAUGCAAGAAACUCAGCAGUGUUGUCAAUGUUCAAGUGCUAAUUUCAAUUAUUCAGGGAUAUCAUCCGGAACCGUUAAUUCUGUGAGUGAUAGUGAAAAGCCAAGAACCCGUCUUGCAGACUAUCGGGUGCAAGAUCUCAAAAAUGAAUGCAAAAAACGUCAAUUGCCCGUUUCCGGUGCAAAGCCGCAACUAUUGGAGCGAUUAAGACCAUACGAGGAAUCGAUUUUGAAUCACUACGGUGGAACUGUAUUAACGGACCCAUCAUCCGAUUUGAUUUCCGUCUCGUCCCCAGCUCCUGAUGUCGUAACACAGUCGAAUCGGUUACCUCCCAUCAGCAAUGUCAUUAGUGACUAUGGUCACAAGCAUUCUAUUUCACCUUUGGUUCAGCAGACUCAGUCAGCGCAGCAGCACUCUCUUGUCGUACAAUUGCCUCCAGCACAGCAACAUCAGCACCAAAUUUUGCAUCUUGUGGAUGCCAAUGGUGCAGUUGUUGCAACGGCAACUGUACCACACAGUGUGCAAUGUUGUUGUAUGUCAUCGGAAUAUCCGCUCACUACUAACAUCACCUUGAGCGGUUCUACAACCCAAUCUACCGAUGUUCGAUCACAGCAGCAACUUCCAACUACUACAGAAGUGACACAAAAUGUGGUGCAGCAAGUGCAAACAGAACCUACUUUUAGUUUUGCACAACUUGGUUCAGGUGGACAGUUUACGUUGGUACGAACAUCUUCUGUUGAGCAGCUGCAGCAGCAGUCUCACGUUAUGCAUUCAUCUCAGGCUGGACUUCAUCAUCAACAACAACAAACCCAGCUGAUACAGGGCAUCAUGCCAGAGAAUCCAGUUCUCAGUUGUCAUUUGUCUCGAUCUACCACUUCACCGGAUCAGCCUCAAACAGGAGGAUCACAUCAAAUGACUGGAACACCAUCACGUAUCACUCAGCAACAGCAGAGACAGAUUCAGCAUGCCGGAACUGGAACAGCUACGUGUCCUGCUGUGAAACAACAAAACUGUCAUAGCCAAUUCCUUAUAUGUAAUAACGUUACACGACAUAAUUUAAAGGAUGGAACAGCAGUAUCACAAAAUGCACUCUGUCCACCGUUGCAAUCUGCGCUACCACACUGUUCUCCCAUUAUGGCGGAUUCGGCAAGUGGUAGUUCACCGGAUAUUCCGUCGCCACCGAAUAAUGCUGAAAAAGUAGCCGCGAGGAAGUAUCCUGCACAUAUUGACCCAAGUGACACGAACGCCUUGCUGUCUGCAACGACACUGUCCAUUCAUGAAGAAAUGUUGCGAUUUCAGCAACGAAAAAUUGAAGAAUUGCAGAAGGAGUUGCAUCGAUCGCAGCAGCAGCUAAAACAUCAGCAGCAAGUAAUCCUUGCUGCUAAGAAAGCCCAGCAAGCGAAAAGACAGGAAGACGGUCACUUGGAAGGUAAUCAGCAACAAUCUGAAGCUGAUCUGUGGCUUAAUCAACUGGAUAUCAAACACUUGAAUAAAUUUCAUAUACAACUUUUCUUGCAGCAUAAACUUCAGCUGCAGCAGAUGCAAGCUCAAAUAACAGAACAACAAAAUUUGGCUUCAACGGAAGAGAAACUGCAAGAAGAACUCCAUGUUGAACAAGCAGUUCAAGAUAUCGUACGUUUGAUCAAGCAGGAUGCUCGUACUGCACUUCUUAUUGUCCAGUUACUGAGACGUUAUCAGCUUGAAAGAAGUCAUGCUGUACCUGCAGCGGCGCAAGUUGAGGAUCAGAGUUGUGAAACGGAAGUACAGAACAGUGUCAAGGUAGAUUCGAAUACCCUUGAACCAAUAACAGUCGUUAGUUCAGAGCAUCAAUGCGUUUCAUUAGCGGAUAUAACGAUGGAAUCAAUUCAAAAUACACCGCAACAGAAAGCCGGUGUCAUUAUUAUCAGUGAAGAUGAACUACAACGAUAUGUACCUACAAGCACUCAUCCGAAACCUAAAAGUCGGAAGAAGAAUAAUGUUAUCAGAGCGAAGGCUGAUAAUGCGGAUUCGCAGGAAAAAAUACCCGGUAGUGUGGAUAUGGAGGAAAUUUUCAAACAGGUACUGGAGAAUGCCUCCAAAGCUUUAAUGGAAAGUGAUGCCGAAAAGCGGUCAAAAACAAAUUUGAUAUCUUCACCGUCUUGUUUUCCUGAAGAAUUUCAAAUUCAGAAAGCAACAUCUAGCCCUCUUCGGCAACAUGAAAGUGACAGUUGUCGGAUUGAAGACAGUAGCGGCAGAAAUUCUACCGCUUUGCCAAGUUGUGACCAGCUAAUACAACCUUACACCAAAGCGCCACCAGCUUCGACACUUUACAGCACGAAACAGAGGAUGGAAACUGAUGUGACGGAUAUUCGUUUUAAAGAUCGUGUUGAAAUAUUCGAAGAAGGAACUGUUGGUGCGCUGCAAACUUUCCAGUAUUCGAAAAACCAGGCCUUCGAUGACCUAAUGGAUGUUCUGCGUGAUGACCAAGCAGGAGUUAAUGGUUUGAAGUCAAAUAAUCUCGAUUUUGGUACAGGAACAGCUUAUGAAUCAGAUGAGCUGACAACAUUGCUAGGUGAUGAUUGGUUCCAGCAAGAUUGUGCAAUACCAGCAAUGCCGGUUUGUUCACAUGUUACCCAGCGGUACACAAUUAGCAGUCCAGGUGUUCUUAAUGAAAAAACGGAUAACCUAGAUGAGCGGACAUCAAGCCAGAAUGAUCCAUUAAUAAGUUCUUUUGAUAACCAAGCUGUAGAUCAGAAUAUUGGUAUGGAUUGGCUGGAUAUGAUGUUACCUUCACCAUCUUCGGAUAUGGAUACCAGUGGGGUCGAUUCGAUCCAGUGA